CGCCUGGACGGUAGGAAAUAACGCUUGUUUGAAUCUUUGGCGGUGUACUGUGUUGUCCCAGCAAAAAGAAACAAAGAUGGACACGAAUCUUUACAGACGUUUAGUUGGGCUUUCUGUUCAGAUCAGUCGCAGUGAUGGUCGAAUCCAUUCAGCCACCGUUAAAUCCGUUGAUACCUUCAAGUCUACGGCAAUGGUUGAGUGGCAGGAGAGGAAAAUGAGCCGAGGGAAGGAGAUUGAGAUUAGUGAGUUAUGCCAUUUAAAUCCAGAGCUUUUGGACCAUGUAAAUGCUGCCACCAGAGCUGCUGAACUGCCCUCUGCUGCUCCUGACAAGAAGUAUGAGGGCCGACUUCGCUCAUCCCGUAUCCCUGCUCCUUCCUCCUUCUCUGCUCCAUCGGCCCAAAAUAACGAGGAGUCAGUUACCUUACGGUCUCAGACACGGCAGACAUGUUUGUUCCAGACACCAGCACCUGUGGUGUCACCAGUGGCAACAAGCAUGGCGACCUCGCAGGGGAAGUCAGAGACAAUCUGUUCUGAAAUGACCCAAUCAGCGCAGUCUACCAGCUCUGCUCCCCCUUCUAAGGUGCGGAGAGGAAAUGAAGCCAAACUACCACAGCCGCUGCCUCCUGUUGAUGAGUCGGUCAAAGAAAACGAGCCUGACAGAAUGCCUUCUCUGCCUUCAGCAAGAGGCAGAAGAAAAUCUGUGACUCCUCAGGAAACAAACAAAAGCAACAAAAGGAUUUCCAGUGUCAUGAAGCCCUUUGACAUGCAGCCCAAGAAGGGAAAGUUUGGAGAGUCAUCUCGACCAAAUCAGAAGUUCUAUGAGAUGAUCCAGGAUUUUAGAGAAACCUUGGAAAUAUUGCCAAUAACCACUGCUGACCCGAUUGAGCCUCACAAGAUUUGUGUGUGUGUUCGCAAACGGCCUCUAAACAAGCAGGAGUGUAACAAGAAGGAGAUUGAUGUGGUGUCCGUUCCUGGCAAAGGUACAUUACUGGUCCAUGAGCCAAAGCAAAAAGUGGAUCUGACCAAGUACUUGGAGAACCAGGUCUUCCACUUUGACUACUCCUUUGAUGAGAAUGCUACCAACGAGCUGGUCUACAUGUUCACUGCCAAACCUUUGGUGCAGUCCAUUUUUCAAGGUUGCAUGGCAACUUGCUUUGCCUAUGGCCAGACUGGAAGUGGCAAGACCCAUACAAUGGGAGGUGACUUCACAGGGAAGCAGCAGAACAGUGCUAGAGGAAUCUAUGCCUUAGCAGCCCAGGAUGUUUUCACCAAUCUCAACCACAGGAGGUUUGCUAAUCAGGAUCUGUGCGUCUACGUGAGCUUCUUCGAGAUUUAUAAUGGCAAAGUGUAUGAUCUGCUGAACAAGAAGGCCAAGCUGCGUGUCUUAGAGGAUGACCGGCAACAGGUUCAGGUGGUGGGACUGGAGGAGGUCUGUGUCUUCUCAGCAGAAGACGUCAUCAAGAUUAUACAGACAGGAAGCGCAUGCAGAACAUCAGGGCAGACCUCAGCCAACGCAAACUCCUCCCGCUCCCACGCCAUCCUGCAGAUUGUCCUGCGGUGCAAUAACCGUGCUGCCACUUUGCACGGCAAAUUCUCAUUGGUCGAUUUGGCGGGAAACGAGCGUGGCACGGACGUCAGCAGCAACGAUCGCAGCACUCUGGUGGAGACGUCCGAGAUCAACCGCAGCUUGUUGGCUCUCAAGGAGUGUAUUCGCUCUCUGGGGAAGAACAGUGAUCACAUUCCUUUUCGGAUGAGUACAUUGACCAAAGUGCUCAGGGAUUCCUUCAUUGGAGAAAAGUCCAGAACCUGCAUGAUUGCCAUGGUGUCUCCAGGCAUGGCCUCAUGCGAAUACACAAUGAAUACACUUCGCUACGCAGACAGAGUGAAGGAGCUGAAUGCUAACUCGAAAGUUACAGCACAGAAGGGGAAGGAGCCAAUAAACAGUUCUUCUGAAGAGGAUUCUUCUGUUGAUGCCAGCGUGCUGGACAUCAUAUCUCAGGUUACAGAGUUGGAAGAAAAAGUCUAUGGACAGCUGAAGAGAGCAAAUGAAGUUGUUAAGGAAAUGGACAAAAUCUCAUACAACAUUGAGGAAGGGCUUCCUGAGCUUGUGGAUUACUCCAGGAAGUUAUUGGACUCAGUUCUGGCUCUGCAGUCUGCUGUGGUAAAGGAGAGCAUGGCCAGGCUGAACCUCUGAAAAGCCAGAUAUUCCUGCAGAGAGAUGAAUUGGUUUUUUCAGUUGUUUUUAUUGUAAUGCAUGUUUUGUUAAAUAAAAUUCAACACUAACAUUAAAAAGAGAGAAAAAAAACAAUAAUGGCAUGGUUUUAGAAAUCCAGAAUUUGCAGUUCUUACAUGCAAACUACAGCAAAUAUAAGAUUUAUUCUGCAGAAUAUUAAAUAAAAAGCUUUUUACUCCA